AUGGCCUGGGCCCAUGUAAGUGGCAUCAGGCCCAUCAAGGCUCCUGAGUCUGUAUCCACUAUAAUUACAGCAGAAUCAAUCUUUUAUAAGGGUGUAUACUAUCAAAUUGGAGAUGUUGUUUCAGUGGUUGAUGAGCAGGAUGGAAAAACAUACUACGCUCAGAUCCGUGGGUUUAUUCAGGACCAAUACUGUGAAAAGAGUGCUGCGCUAACCUGGCUCAUUCCUACGCAAGCCAGCCCCAAAGAUUGUUUUGACCCAGCAUCCUACAUCAUAGGACCAGAAGAAGAUCUCCCAAGGAAAAUGGAAUAUUUAGAAUUUGUUUGUCAUGCACCUUCGGAAUAUUUCAAAUCUCGAUCAUCUCCCUUCCCUACUGUUCCUACAAGACCAGAGAAGGGCUAUAUAUGGACUCAUGUGGGACCUACUCCUGCAAUCUCCAUUAAAGAAACUGUUACCAAUAAUUUAUGAUUUUUUUAAAGGAAUACUUUAGAAGAAUUAUUUUGAGUGUAUUCUCAGGUCUGUGAACCUUAUACAAGACGUUUAAAAAAACUAUAAAAUGUUCAUUUUACUUUAUGGAUUAUGGUAUUUAUUUAUUUUAAAUUAUAUCAGAUCUUUAAAGUGAACGUUUUCUUUCCAUUUGAUGCGUCAUUUCUGUGCUCAGUUCUCCAGAUGUUAUUGCUCAUUUUGGGACAAACCCACAAGUUUGGUGAGCAAAUAAUUCACCUUUGAAAGUUGCCUUUAGCAUUCUUAUUUUCUAACUUAUUUUCCAGAAGAGGUGUUAAAAGACAUACUGUUAAUCAUCCAGCAUUUUAUGUACUUGUUUAAUGUAUUUUACUGUGACUGCAGUUUUUGUUUACUCCUUAAAUAAUUUUAAGACUAGUUUCAAAUAAACACUAAACUUGGUCAGUGAUGCAA